CUCCUAUAAAUUGAGGCUCUUUGCCUCAACCAUUUACAUAAACAAUUCAUCAUUGCAAUUGUAUAGAUUAUAUACACAAAACAAAAUAUUUAAAAGUUCUAGCCAUGGCUGCAUCUUUCUCAGUUCCUUCAAUGCUUAUGGAAGAAGAGAUGAGAUUUGAAGCAGAGGUAGCAGAGGUGCAAGCAUGGUGGAACUCAGAGAGAUUCAGGCUAACCAGGAGGCCAUAUUCAGCCAGGGAUGUGGUGGCACUAAGAGGAACUAUGAAGCAAAGCUAUGCAUCCAAUGAAUUAGCUAAGAAGCUGUGGAGAACACUCAAGAAUCACCAAGCUAAUGGGACAGCAUCAAGGACUUUUGGUGCACUUGACCCUGUUCAAGUCACCAUGAUGGCUAAGCAUUUGGACACUAUUUAUGUCUCUGGCUGGCAGUGUUCUUCCACUCACACUAGUACUAAUGAACCAGGCCCUGAUCUUGCUGAUUACCCUUAUGACACUGUUCCUAACAAAGUGGAACAUUUGUUUUUUGCUCAGCAGUAUCAUGAUAGGAAACAGAGAGAAGCAAGAAUGAGCAUGAGCAGAGAGGAGAGGGCAAGAACCCCUUUUAUUGAUUACUUGAAACCUAUCAUUGCUGAUGGUGACACUGGAUUUGGUGGUGCAACUGCUACUGUUAAGCUAUGCAAGCUUUUCGUGGAGCGUGGGGCUGCUGGUGUCCACAUUGAGGAUCAGUCUUCUGUUACCAAGAAAUGUGGUCACAUGGCUGGCAAAGUUCUUGUUGCCAUCAGUGAACAUAUUAACAGGCUUGUGGCUGCAAGGUUGCAGUUUGAUGUCAUGGGGACCGAGACGGUCCUCGUGGCUCGUACUGAUGCUGUUGCAGCCACAUUGAUCCAAACCAAUGUGGAUACAAGGGAUCACCAGUUCAUUUUGGGUGUUUCGAACCCUAAUCUCAAAGGCAAGGGUUUGGCCACUCUUUUAUCUGAAGCUAUGGCUGCAGGCAAAACAGGACCUGAACUUCAAGCCAUUGAGGAUAACUGGUUGAGAAUGGCUGAACUCAAGACAUUUUCUCAAUGUGUUGUUGAUGCAAUCAAGAAAAUGAACCUCGCGGAGCACGAGAAGCAGAGGAGAUUGAAUGAGUGGAUGAAUCAUUCGAGCUAUGAAAAAUGUCUCUCGCACGAACAAGCCAGGGAGAUUGUUGAAAGACUUGGCCUUCCAAAUCUUUUCUGGGACUGGGACUUGCCAAGAACCAGAGAAGGGUUCUACAGGUUUCAGGGUUCAGUAGAGGCUGCAAUUGUUCGCGGGUGGGCUUUCGCUCACCACGCUGAUCUGGUCUGGAUGGAGACAUCAAGUCCUGAUAUGAUAGAAUGCACAAAAUUUUCUGAGGGAGUGAAGUCUCUAAGGCCUGAGCUAAUGUUGGCUUACAAUCUAUCUCCAUCAUUCAAUUGGGAUGCAUCAGGAAUGAAUGAUAACCAAAUGAUGGAUUUCAUUCCAAGAAUAGCCAAGUUAGGCUACUGCUGGCAGUUCAUAACUCUGGCUGGUUUUCAUGCUGAUGCACUCAUCGUUGACACAUUUGCCAAGGAUUUCGCCAGGAGGGGAAUGUUGGCCUAUGUGGAGAAAAUACAGAGAGAGGAGAGGAGCCAUGGUGUUGACACAUUGGCUCAUCAGAAAUGGUCUGGUGCUAAUUACUAUGAUAGAGUUCUAAGGACUGUCCAGGGAGGCAUCACUUCUACUGCUGCUAUGGGCAAAGGAGUGACUGAAGAGCAAUUUGAGUCAAAAUGGACAAGGACUGGAGCAACAAACUUGGGUGAUGGAAGUGUGGUGAUUGCAAAGUCAAGGAUGUAAGAAGAAAGAAAAAAAAGUGAUUUCUUUUGGAGCAUGAAGAUGUGUGGAGCUUUGGAACAAUCUCAAUUUUUAUGUUGUGGACUUCAAGUACAAUAAAGAUGUUUUAAGCUUUUUUAAUAAUUCUUCAGGGAUUUGAAUCAUUUUGGGUAUUAUUUUGGCCCUCAAAUUGGCUACUACUGUUAUCAUUUGUAUCUUUAUCUUUCUCUAUUUGGACUUCAAGUUGUGCUA